GACUUUGCGCCAGAUAUUCCGUGAAUUCAUGCCGUUGAAGUACGUUCAUUUCGCACCUCACACCAUAGUGGUCAACAUUAGCAAAAUUGUUCUGCACGAUGAGAUUCCGAAUCUACUGCGUCAUCAUAAAUGUGUCGAUCGUGUUGCCUAAUGAAGUUUAUUCUGAUGGGGCGUGUGGUCGAGGCACUCCGGACUUGCCUAGUUGUGAGGUCCAGUGUAACUCCGCCUGGGGCAGGGACUCUUUGUACAACCUCCCGUGGACUCGUGCAACCUGCUCGAAGGGCGAUUGCGUUUGCCAAUUCAACCUCAAGGAAGCGCGCCCAUUCAUGAGUCGCUACAGCUAUUACAGGAUUCUUUGGACAAGAUCACUCAAAGGCAAAGUGAAGAUUGCCAGGCAAGAACUUAUGAAUAAAAUCUCGAAAAUGAGUGUAGACAAACAAUUCGCAAUAUUUCAAGAGACAUACAAUAAAAAUUACGGCACAGAGGAGGAAUGGAAGAAACGGUUCAAAAUUUUCAAGGAAAACUUAGUCGAAAUCAAGGAACUAAUGGCGUCUGAAGGGUCGGGAGGAUCUGUUGUUUACGGCGUCGGCCCAUUCACAGAUUUUACUCGUGAGGAGUACCUGAAUAUUAAGGGAAUAGUCGAGGCAGAAUCUGACGAAGAACCCGACGAGAGCCAGAGCCCACGGCUGCGACCGCGGAUGCUGUUCCGUCAGGGUUCCACGUCCUCCUCCGACGCUGCGUCUUCUUCUGGCGACGACGACGACGUCAGAGGACGUUCACGUUCAGCCCCUCCGUCCCCGAGAAACCGCUCCCGUCCGGGGCGCCGCUCACUCUCGCCCAACUGGAAGCCGAGUUAUUUCACAUAUUGGAUCGACCAAAAUGCCCCAUCAGGGAGACCUAUUAAGGACUGGCGAGUUCCAGCUGCCAGCUAUCCACCGACAGAUUCCCAAAACCAGCAAAACAAACUAUGCAAUUCAUGUUGGGCUAUUGCGGCAGCUGGUGCUGUUGAGAUCCUUUUGUCUCAAGCGGCAAAGACGCCCAUUAAGAUUUCGACGCAAGCGUUGGUGGACUGCGUUCCGGGGCCGAGCAAGGGCUGUUUGGGCGGAGACGUGGAACAAGCUCUGACCUACUUAGAACAAUUUGGAGUACCAAAAGCAGCCGAUUACCCAUACAAGGCAGCAACCGGCGUGUGUGAUAGCUCAAAGACCGUUUACGCAAAUAUUCGAAGUUUCGCUGAAGUAAGGGAGCAAGACGUGGAGGAUGCUUUGAAGAUUAGUCCGAUCCCGACGAAUAUGUACUGGCCCCCGCAGCUCCAACACUACGUUUCGGGAGUACUCAAUUCAGACGGUUGCCUUAAGAAUUGGAGAACAGGGGGUCAUGCUGUCGUUAUUGUUGGCCAUUACAGAGGCGAAUGGAUUAUUCGGGACAGUUCUCCAAGCAGUUGGGGUUUACAGGGUCACAUGUUGGUGAAAAAAGGCAUUUGUGCCAUAGGUUUGCGAAACUUUAAGAUUACCGGAGCAACUACGAAGACGUCUGCUCCUGUGCGGCAAAUGAAAACGUUAACAAUGGGCCAUCAACAAAAGCAACCUUCAAUGAGAAUGGGGAGCCAAAAAUUCAGAUUGUAUUGAAUUGUACGAGAGAAUGUCAUACGGUCAUUUUAAGUAGCCGUAUAAACAUUCGAAAGUUGCCAAAUUUUCCUUAAUAAAACAUGUAUCUUUGACGAAAUUCAUGCACAUUUCUCUUGAUAUUUUCUGAUAUUUUAGAUUCAAUUGCGUACAAAACCGUCUGAUAAUUUUGGGAAUAAAUAUUCACAAUUUGUCCAGUAAAUUCGGUUUUUAUCGAAGGGAACUUGGCAACAUCUGAAGGCUCAUACAGCGUUCUUCCUUAGCAUGACAGUACAAUUAAUACUAAUUAAUCCAGUUUACUAUGCCACUCUAAAGAGUGGUGUGAAUGAUCGUUUAUCGAUAUUUCCCCAUUUGGAAGUCUGGUAAAGGGUCGAUUAUUGAGGUGUUCGUUGCGAACACCCUGUUUAUCGAUUCUUUUUCAAAGGUUUAAAUGGCAGAACAAUUGAUGUAUCAUGAAGCACGCCACGCAACUAACUCCGAAUGAAGGAUAGGUUGGAGUUCUUCUGUAAACGCAUGAAAAAAUAAAAAAAGUGUAUUGUUUCUAAGAAAAAUAGUUGAUAAAUACUUAUCUACCGUAAAUAUGAGUGUGAUGUAACGACGAAGAUUUUCUUGCACGAAGUUCAAGGUUUGCCUGUGUAGCUGUAUGCUUUUUCAUGUGCAGCGCCUUCAAAUUCAGUAAAUGCAAUACAUUAUACAUUAAUUAUGAACUUU